AUGAUCUGGAUCUGUCCAAUAUACAAGUCUCCAUGGUCGGAUUAUGGCUAUGACAUUGCAGAUUACUACACCGUGUCUGAGGACUUUGGCACCAACAAAGAUUUAGACAACCUGAUCGCCAAGUCGAGGGCCAAGGGCCUUGGGAUCCAAGAGGCACUGAAGGAUCCCAACAGCAAGUACAGAGAAUACUACUACUUCAAAGAAGGGAUCGGUGGACAGCCACCAAACAAUUGGCGCUUCUAUUUUGGAGGGUCUGCGUGGGAACCUGUUCCGAAUGAAGACAACAUGUUCUACCUUCAUGCCUACACCACGAAAAUGGCCGAUCUAAACUGGGAAAACACAGAGCUGAAGCAAGAGCUUUACACCAUGAUCAACUGGUGGAUUGGAAAAGGCAUUGCUGGCUUCCGGAUCGACGCCAUCAUGAACAUCAAGAAGACCAUGGUCGAAGGCCAUCUCGAGCCCGAUGGUGACGAUGGGCUCGUAGCGAUUGUCAAGUACAUCCUCAAUCAACCCGGUCUCAAGGACCUGAUACGAGACUUGAAGGAUAACGCGUUCGCGAAGCACGACAUCAUGACGCUCGCUGAGGCUGCGGUGCCAGAUGAUGAGCUGGAAGACUUUGUCGGGCGCCACGGGUUUUUCAAUAUGUCUUUCGACUUUCGGGCCGCGGAUAUCGACGUGCCUGGGUCGGCGGAGUGGUACUACCCGACGGACUGGACGGUCAACCAGUUGCGAGAUAUCCUCCUCAAUGUGCAGACAUCCGUGCAGAAAAUGGGAUGGGGCGCUAUAUAUUUCGAGAACCACGAUCAAAACCGCUCCAUCAACAAGUACUUCGACCGGCACAGACUUGACAUCUCAGAUGUAACGAAGAAGCUUCUGGGCACCAUUCUCCUCGGCUUCCGGGGGCCGCCGGUCAUCUAUGAGGGUGAAGAAAUCGGGAUGGAAAACAUCCAGCUCGACUCCAUCAAUCAGUACGAAGAUGCAGAGACCCAUCACCAAUACAACUCUGGCGUCGCAGCAGGACUUGCUCCCGACAAAAGACAACGCGCGCACCCCGAUGCAGUGGGACGUCUCGGAGAGGGCAGAUUCAGCACGGGCAAUCCGUGGUUUCCUGUGAACCCAAAUUAUACGACCAUCAACGUCGCCGAAGCGCUCAAGAACAAGAAGUCGGUCUACUACCACUACCGGACCCUUCUCCAAAUGAGAAACAGCGCAAAAUACAAGGUCAUACUAGUCUACGGCAAGACGGUCCCGAAGUAUAGCAACGUUGACAACAUCAUUGCCUACGAGCGCGUGCUCGGAAUUCAGAGCGUUCUGUUCUUUGCCAACUUCCAGAAUGACACCAUCGAGCUCGACCACUCUGAAUUCCGAGGCGAAAUCCUGAGCAACAACUACGAUGAAGCUCCAGGCGUGACGAACGGCACUAUAACCAUCUCGCCCUACCAGGCACUCGUUAUCGACAUCUCUCAACUCUCCUGA